CUCGGCGCUACAUUCAGAUUAGCAUAUAUAGCUAUAUAACAGCCCCAGCCAGGUAACGGUUGCUAGGUAACUUGUGUUUAAGAGCGCUUAUAACGCUCGCGCUGAGUGACGACAGCGUCGCCGUUGCUGUUUUUGUUGCUGCUUUUCGACGCGUUGAAUGCGCGCGCGCACCACACACACCACACACACACACACACACACACACACACACACACACACACACACACACACACACACACACACACACACACACCACACACACACGUACAAGGGACGUGAAGAGGAGCCGUUGUGCGAGAGUCGUGCGCUUGAUUCAUCCUGACCAGAGAAGAGAGAAGGCCUACAUUCGUUACCGGAGGAAUAGGAAACAAUAACGGAGACGAAUUUUUCAGACAGUGAAAAGGCCUUGAAAAUACAGCUGAAGAUGGAUUGCUACUGAGAUGCUCUCCUGCUAAAGCAAACUAAAAUGGAGGUCAUCCACACCAUUGACAGCACCUCUGGAAUAUUUCACCUCUCAUGGAGUCAGUAAAGCACCUCCUGCUGUCGAAACACUCACCCAUCCGUCGCUGAAACACAGCCUAGAGUGACAUCAUUCCUUUUUCGCCAUGUUUCUAGCCGGGUUUAGGACAACAUGCCUCGCUUGGUUUGUGCUUUCUAUGCUGACAACAUGCUCGGCUAUUAACAUGCAGUCAGCAGGCAGCCACAGCACCUUCACGUGUGAGCCGAUCACGCUGCGGAUGUGUCAGGGUCUCUCCUACAACACCACGUUCAUGCCCAACCUGCUCAAUCACUAUGAUCAGCAAACCGCAGCCCUCGCCAUGGAGCCCUUCCACCCCAUGGUGAACCUGGAGUGCUCAGCUGACAUGCGUCCGUUCCUGUGUGCGCUCUAUGCCCCCGUGUGUACGGAGUACGGUCGUGUGACCCUGCCGUGUCGCCAUCUGUGUCAGCGGGCCAAGAGCGACUGCUUCAAGCUCAUGGACAUUUUUGGAAUAAGCUGGCCUGAAGAGAUGACCUGCAACCGGUUUCCUGAAUGUGACGAGCCGUAUCCACGAGCCGAGGAUCUCCUUUCAAGUGCUGAUGCCACUGAGGAAUCUCCCGCAUCUGUACAACGCGAUUAUGGCUUCUGGUGCCCGCGCGAGCUGAAGGUCGACCCUGAGCUGGGCUACACAUUCCUCGGCGUUCGCGACUGCUCGCCCCCAUGCCCAAAUAUGUACUUUAAUAGGCACGAGCUUGUCUUUGCUCGCUACUUCAUCGCUGUGGUGUCCAUCAUCUGCCUUUCGGCAACGCUCUUCACUUUCCUCACCUUUCUCAUCGACAUGGGACGUUUCCGCUACCCUGAGAGGCCCAUCGUCUUCUACUCCGUGUGCUACAUGAUGGUUUCGUUGGUGUUCUUCCUGGGUUUCCUGCUGGAAGAGCGCGUGGCAUGCAACAAGGCGACAGCGGGUCAUUUCCGUGCCUCCACUGUCACGCAGGGCUCACAUAACAAAGCAUGCACGCUGCUCUUUAUGACCCUCUACUUCUUUACCAUGGCGGGUAGCGUGUGGUGGGUUGUGCUCACGGUCACCUGGUUCCUGGCUGCAGUACCCAAGUGGGGAAGUGAAGCGAUUGAGAAGAAAGCUCUGCUUUUCCAUGCAGUAGCUUGGGGACUGCCCGGCAUUCUCACCGUCACGCUCAUGGCACUGAACAGGGUGGAGGGUGACAGUGUGAGUGGUGUGUGCUUCGUGGGUCUUUACGAUCUCACGGCUUUGCGCUGGUUCCUUCUUGCCCCGUUAGCUCUGGCCGUGACCGCCGGAGUCGUGCUGCUGUUGGCUGGGAUUGUGGCACUGAACCGUGUCCGCAUGGAGAUCCCCCUGGACAAAGAGAACCAAGACAAGCUGGUCAAGUUCAUGAUCCGCAUAGGCGUCUUUUCUGUGCUCUACCUGGUGCCGCUGCUGAUGGUGAUUGGCUGCUUCAUGUACGAGCAAAGCUACAGACCAUUGUGGGAGAUAACAUGGGUGCAAGAGCAGUGCAGAAACUACCACAUCCCCUGCCCAUUCAAGGUGGAGAAGACGAGCAAGCCAAACGUCGCCCUCUUCCUCAUCAAGUACUUGAUGAUGCUGGUGGUGGGAAUCCCCUCUGUCUUCUGGGUGGGCAGUAAGAAGACCUGCUUUGAGUGGGCCAGCUUCUUUCACGGCCAUCACAAAAAAGACAGUGUGGUACAUAACAGUAAGCAGGUGCUACAGGAGCCUGACUUUACUCAGCUACUGCUACGUGAGCCUGGGGUUCCUGUGGUGCGCCAGUCCCGUGGCACCUCCACGCAGGGCACCUCCACCCACGCCUCCUCCACCCACCUGGCCAUGCUGGAUGAGGGACACAGCGGUAGCAGCCGUCCGAGCAGCAUGCACAGCAAAGCCAGCAGUUUCCACAGCAGCCGGCGCCGGUCUCACGACGGCAGGUACACGUCCUGUAAUUUCCAUGGUGCAGAAGAGCUCUGCCUGCCCCACAUCAGCGCAUCCCGCCUCCAUGAGGAGCUUCAGCAAAGCAGCGCAGUUCGAUUGGAGAGCCAGUCACGACACGGCGGAUCACAGCGGCUAGACAGCCAGUCGCGACACGGCAGCAUCCGGGAUCUCAGCAGCUCGCAACCGCCAUCCCAAAGCGUCCCUGUUAACGCCAUCCACUCAGUCACAGAGGAAAGUGGAGCCACUCCUUGAACUUUUACACACACCAAGUUUGUGAAAGAAGCACAUGCUAAAGAGGCUUUUCCUGCACAUGGGUAUCAAACAGACCCUGAUCCAACAUCCAACAUUACACAUAGACUCAAGCAGGAACUUUAGGAAAGCUUUCUGAACAAAGAACUGCAGGAUCACCAGGGUAAACACAAGGCCUUCUGCUAUGUUAUCUUUUUAAUACUGUAUCGAAGCACUUGCAGCUUCAUGUUCAGGCUGUUAGACUUUUGUGGACAUUUUUUGGAUGUUUUUUCAAGAACCUUUCUUACAUUUAUAGACGGGAACACCUCCGCGUUCCUCUGUCGCACGCCGUGUAGAUUUCUCGGAUCAGACCGACACGUCACGGUACGCCUUGCUCCUGACGUUCCACAUGGUUUCUCACACAACUAAGUACAACCUGAGUGGGUGAUGGCAAGGUUUUAUUUGUGAUAAGAGCAGUGUUACAGAACAGACAGACAGACUGACUGAAACUCAAGUUGUUGCUGAAAACGUAGAACCAUUUGAUGUAGAAUCGACGAGUCAUCCGCUAUGUCUCACAUUAUAGUUAUCAGAUACGAGUAAAAGUUUGGUCUUGAACAUGAAUUUUUCUCAUUUAUAGUCUUGAAGUAGAUCUCAGUAACAUACAAGUGAAAUCUGACCCGUUUGCACGGGUCCGGUGUUAUUUCUAAGCCGAAUGAAAUAACAGAACAAACCCCCCCUCCUCCCCCCAAGGUCACACUUCAUCUUCUGUUCAUAGAAAUACAUCAGUUCAGUCCAUAGAUUUUGUUGAUCUUCUGCUUGAUAUGUAUGCAAAAAAAAAUAAAAAAUACAAAAUACAAAAUUGCCAGCAGUGAGCUCUCAUCGUUAAAACACACUUAAGCUUCCGAACGUGUGACGAAACGUAAUACAACCCUGUAACAGAAGCAUUUAUUAAUACAUCUAGCAUGCAAAACUGUACAAAUUAUUACCAAAUAACAAAGACGUGAGCGAUCGUGACGUGAGAGCUGACGUGGACUACUGCAGAACGUCACUAAUUGUGCAACAGCUGCCUGAUGCCUUCCUUUAAGACUAUACGAGCUACAGCUGACACCAUAUUGUGACUCCUGAGUCAAACCAUAAGCAGCUUCUAAAUCUGCACCGGAGAGGAAGCUAAUCAGCGUGUGCGAGUCACAAGUAAGUCUCGAGUCAUGGAUGUCAAGUCAAAGUCAAGUCGAGUCUUUUUUUAAUACUUGUCAAGCAAGUCUCAAAAUUGCUACUUAAGUCUGACUCAAGUCCCCCAUCUCUGAAU